AUGGAACGUCUGCAUCGUGGAACGGAACAAUGUGAUCAUAUCGAACAACGGGCUUGUCUUGCCGAAGAACGUUUAUUCAUACUUAAUGAUUCUAUUCAAACACUUGCUCGUUUAAUUGAUGUUAGUUAUUUAAUACUUGUUUCAUUGGAUAAAGAAAAAUUCGCAUGGUUAAAAUUAAUCAAAAAUGAAAAUAUUGAAUUAACAAAUCCAAUAGUUAAACAGUUCUUUUAUCGUCUUGAAUUAUAUUUAAGACGAGCAAUUGUUGAUAAUGAUGAAAAACGAGCAUAUAUUCAAGCUUUACGUCUUCUUCAAUCACCAUUAAUUUUAUCAUCUGAUUUUUUUUGA